UCAAAAGCACUUAAAACGUAAGUGUGUUGUGUAUAGUUCUAUAACACUGCAUAAAGAAUUAUCUUUCGAAAUUAAGAUAGAUAUAACCAACUAUAGCAAUAACUCGGAUAGAUCGAGUAAUAAUGUUAGUGGGUCGGAUCUAUGAAUUGUGUAUAGCCUACAUAAUAUGUAUAAUAAAUUGUCAAAAAUACAGUAACUCCUGCAUAAUUAAUUAUAUACAUACUUAGAAAUUUAUUUUUAAUAAAUACUAUGCGGCUUGUAAAAAUAAAAUAUUGUUUUGCUUUUAUUGUCAUUUUACUGACGCUAAUAACAUUUUUAAUAAGUUUUAAUUUCAUACCAACUGGAUUUAAACAUAGUUUUUUCAGGACAAUCAUUGAAUCAAAGUCACCUCAACCAGUAACAGUAACAGAGAAGAAUCAUAUAUUUUUCUUGAAAACACAUAAAUGUGCUAGCUCCACUGUUCAAAAUAUACUGAUGCGAUUUGGUCAUAUGGAAAACCUUGAUUUUUUAUUACCAACUAUACAUAAUUACAUAGGAAAUCCUAUACAUUUUAAUACCAGUAUGGUAAGUAAUAAAUAUUCCACUGUGGAUGGCAAGUUUGACAUGUUCGUCCAUCAUACCAGAUACUCCCAAGAAGUAAAAUCUGUCAUGAGAUCCGGUACAAUUUAUGUCACUAUUCUUCGGGAACCUGCAGCAUUAUUUCAAUCAUUGUACUCAUUUUACCAUUUUGAUAAAAAAUAUAAAUGUAAUUUAACCGAGUUUAUCACCAAUAGACUUUCGAACAAAACAUCUGCAAACUAUAUAAAACGUUACAAUAAUAAAUUAGGAAUAAAUCAAAUGAAUUGGGACUUAGGAAUGGUUACAAACGAUUUUGAAAACAUUGAUAUGAUAAAUAAACAUAUAAAUAUGAUCGAAAGAGAUUUUGAUUUCGUAAUGAUAUUUGAAUAUUUAGAUGCAUCUCUUGUUUUGUUAGCACAUAUAAUGCAAUGGCCAUUAGAGAAAAUGGCUUACUUACCACUCAACAGCAGAAAAAAUACAUAUAAACAAAUAUUAUCAAAUGAUGAUGUUGAUCGGUUACUAAAAGUCAAUAUGGCAGAUAAUAUGUUAUACAAGCGGUUUUUAUUGAAAUUUAAAAAAAUGGUAAGCAAAUAUGGAAUAGAAAAGUUAAAAAAAGAAAUUAAACGUUUAAUGGCCAUAAAUCAAGAAAUCUUAGAAAUGUGUGUACAAUCAGUGGCAAAUAAAGGUUAUGCUGGAACAAUAUCAUACAAACUAAAAGCAAAUACAAAUGCAAUAUGCAAAUAUAUUGCAAUGAAUGAAUUGAAAUACACAUCAUAUCUAAGGGAAAUACAAUAUGAAAGACAAAAGAAGUAUAAUGAAUUGGAUAAAUUAAUGAAUAAUUAAAAUAUUAUAAAAUAUAUUAUGAUACAAAUUGAAAAACAUUGUUGAAUUAUAAACAUAUCUUUUUUUAUAUAUAUAAAUAAGACAAAUACAUUUAGUAGAGUGUAAAAACUCACAAAUUA